UCUGAGGCUGCGGAGGAAGGCGGACGCGCGGCUGGAUCGUCUGGCGACGCCGCCCGCCAUGUGAGGGAGGCUCGCGGCCUUCCCGCCGAGGCUGUUUCUCCGGAGCAGUACACUGAUGAAAUGGAGCCUGGGAUGAAUUCUUUUAGAGUAGAAUUUCCUGAUUUCUCUAACACCAUCCUGCAGAAGCUCAACCAGCAGCGACAGCACGGGCAACUCUGCGAUGUUUCUAUUGUCGUCCAGGGUCAUCUUUUCCGAGCCCACAAAGCUGUCCUGGCAGCCAGCUCCCCUUACUUUUGCGACCAGGUGCUCCUGAAGAACAGUCGACGGAUUGUUCUUCCCGAUGUCAUGAAUCCCAGGGUGUUUGAGAAUAUUCUUCUGUCAACUUAUACUGGGCGACUAGUGAUGCCCGCUCCAGAAAUUGUUAGCUACUUGACGGCAGCAAGCUUCCUUCAGAUGUGGCACGUGGUGGACAAGUGCACGGAGGUGUUAGAAGGAAACCCUUCUGUCCUUUGUCAGAAGCUGAACCGAACCAGCGACCACCAGUCUCCAAGCAGCAGUAACUACAACGGCCUUGUGGAAAGCUUUGAGCUGGGGGCAGCAGGGCAGGCGGAUUUCCACAAGGUGCAGGAACUGAGGGAUGGGGAGAAUGAAGAGGAGAGCUCCAAAGACGAACUGUUAUCUCAGUUAACAGAACACGAGUACCUUCCUAGCAAUUCUUCCACAGAACACGACCAGCUGAGCACAGGAAUGACCAGCCAGGACGGAGAAGAGGCAAUUAGCGACAGUGCUGAAUAUCAGUAUACCAGGCCUCUUUACAGCAAGCCCAGUAUUAUGUCCCACAAACGAUGGAUCCACGUAAAAACAGAGAGGUUCGUGCAGGACUGCGAAGCAGCGGAGGUGCACGGUUCCUACGAUGAGCACCAGGUAUCCGAGUCUAUGAACGCUGUUCAGCCAGACCACCCUGUUCAGACCACUAUUCCCGAAGAUCUUCGUGUCAGUGAAAAGAAGAUGGAAAUGGAGUUUGGUGAGCAAGCCAACGAAAGCAACUAUGAUGAGCAAGUAGACUUUUACGGAUCUUCCAUGGAAGAGUUCUCUGGGGAAAGGAACGAUGGGACUCUAAGCCUUCAGAGGCAGGAGGCUUCAGGUUAUGGAGAAAGCCUAGAUCUUCCCUCAGGGAUCAAGGAAGAAAAUGCCCUGUCAGGGUUUUCUACCGUGGACAAGCUUUACCCGUGCCAGUGUGGCAAGAGUUUCACCCACAAGAGCCAGAGGGACCGUCACAUGGGUAUGCACCUUGGCCUUCGGCCUUACGGCUGUGGCGUGUGUGGUAAGAAAUUCAAAAUGAAGCAUCACCUUGUGGGCCAUAUGAAAAUCCACACAGGCAUCAAACCGUACGAGUGUAACAUUUGCGGGAAAAGGUUCAUGUGGAGGGACAGUUUCCACCGGCACGUGACCUCUUGCACCAAAUCGUACCAGGCCUGUAAAGUGGAACAGAACACUACUAAAAUGAACUGAAAGAGGACGGGUAGAGACAGAAAGGGAAUAUAACUGCUUAACCGGAUAAGCAGCGUGAUUGCAUUGCACAGCCUGUGCCUGAGGCCUGCUGCUUUGAGAUGGUUGGUUCAGAAUAAACUCUGGGGCACAGCUUCCAGUGUCAGCGAGUGCCAGGACCAUCUCGUAAGGCGUUACUGAGGAUUCCUCUCCGAGGACUGCAAACAGACCAGCAAGUUGGCAUAAUGGUACUUUUACGUACUUACAAUUAUUGCUAUUUAAUUUAUGCUCUAGGAAUAUUUGGGUUCUCUGAAGAGGAACGCUGAGGGACCUUCUUGCUUUUAGUUCAUCUCUGUAGACAUCUGCUCAAAUAUUUUGAGGCUCAGCAAGGAUGUGUGUGGGGCGGGGCUCCCCAGCAGGGUGGCUGUUUCCUUUGACGGCACUCCCUGGUAAGCGGUGUUUGAACUAAAUGUGUGAGCACUUGCUUGUUUAAAAUCAAAGGGUGGAUGGCCUUCUCUCCCUUUGUCAAAAUGCACUUUGCUAGACAACUUUCAAGUGCAGCCUCAUCUUUGACAGGCAGCUGCUUCCUUGAUCUGUCCAACUUCUGAGUUUUGUUUAGUGGCUCUGCUUGACUUUGCAGAGCACACAUUGUGCUUCUUUUUGAUAUAUUGUGAUGGACACUUUAAAACCUCACUUUCCUGUCCUCCCCUUGUGCCUGAUGCAAUAGCCAAUCAAACCAGCCUCUUAUUUUGGCUGAGACAGUCAAGAGCAUUGGGCUCACUUCCCAACAGAGGUGAAAACACCCGUCCCUUGCAGUUGAUACUCGUCACAGACAUCACUUUUGUCCUAUAUUUUACCAGUGUCCUGCAAGACCAGAAAGCAGAUCAUCUUUGUGGUUUUCAGGGUGAGUUUUUGUACUAGCCUGCUUACUAACUCUGUUUUGUUAGUAGCCGGGCUGUAGAAGCGGUUUGAAACUAUUCCACUUCCUUCCAGUGAUCA